UCGUCAGACUAUAUGUCACUGCGUAUGAACACAAUGCUGACCACAACGCUUGUAAGGUAUCCCGAUGCUUUAAAAGGGCACCGUAAUCCAUCCGGACUCUCAUAUUCCUCCCUCUAAAUAUGGUAGACUCAUCGCGGGUAUCAAUUCAAUCCGCCUCUACUGCCUUUCAUCCUGAGGAGAGCAGCGGGAUUGACUCUGCUGCCACUCUUGAAAACAAGUCCAACUUAGACCCAUAUCUAGUGCACUUCGAUGAAGGCGACCCAGCCAAUCCAAAGAAUUGGUCCUCUGCCAAAAAGUGGUACCUUACCCUCGCUGCCGGUCUUCUGGUCCUCAAUGCCACCUUCUCGAGCAGUGCCCCAUCUUCUCUAGUACCCACUCUCAUGCAGGAAUUUGGAAUAUCCCAGGAAGUCGGAACGUUGACCAUUUCCCUUUUCGUGUGCGGUUACUGUAUUGGCCCUUUGCUGUGGGGACCGUUAUCGGAGCAGUACGGACGACGCCCAAUAUUUAUUAUAUCUUUCUUCAUAUACAUGUGCUUCCAAAUCGGUUGUGCUUUGUCGCCGAACGCCGCAUCCCUUUUGAUUUUCCGUUUCCUUGGUGGUACAUUUGCAGCUGCCCCUUUAGCAAAUUCAGGCGCUCUCAUAUCGGACAUCUGGGACGCAAAGGGACGUGGCGCUGCUCUCGCGGUUUUCACUGUCGCUCCGUUUGCUGGACCAGGCAUUGGACCAGUAGUAUCAGGAUACCUUGUCCUAGCUGGCGUCUCAUGGCGCUGGCUAUUUUGGAUAUUGACCAUUUUCGCUGGAGUGUGCUGGUUGCUGAUUGUUUUCACGAUCCCAGAGACAUAUAGUCCGGUCCUUCUUGCCAAGAAAGCUAAAGAGAUCCGAAAGCACACUGGGGACGAGAAAUACCAUUCUGCCAUCGAACUACAAAACUUGACACUCGCGCAGCGCUUGGAAAGCAUUCUUGCUCGGCCUUUCAAAAUUCUCUUUCGCGAACCCAUGUUGAUUGCCAUAACUUUGUACAUGAGCUUCGUCUACGGCUGUAUAUACCUGCUUUUCGAGGCCUACCCUAUAGUUUUCACUCAGGGACACAACUUGAAUGCGGGUGUGUCUGGACUCAUGUUCCUUCCAUUGCCCAUUGGCGGGUUUUUUGCUGUUGCAACGUACAUUAUCUUUUUCAACCCAGGCUAUGAGCGCAAAGCCCAGGAAUGCGCACCAAAUCCUGUGCCGCCAGAGUUCAGAUUGAGGGUCGCCAUGAUUUCAGCGCCAUUCUUUGCCGUAUCAUUCUUCUGGUUUGCAUGGACAUCAUUUCCUAGCAUUUCGUUUUGGGCUCCGAUGAUGUCUGGUGGAUUGCUCGGAUGGAGCAUAUGCCUGAUAUUUCUUGCCCUGUUCAACUAUAUCAUUGAUGCAUAUUUAUCUGUCGCUGCCUCAGCGCUGGCUGCAAACACUGUUGUUCGCAGUCUGUUUGGGGCUGGAUUCCCUCUUUUCGCAACUCAGAUGUACGAUAGGCUUGGCCCUGAAUGGGCUUCAUCACUACUGGGAUUCAUCGCUCUGACCAUGAUGCCAAUUCCCUUUGUCCUGACAAAAUAUGGCCCGAUGUUGAGAACCAAGUCGAAAUAUGCUCCUUCCGAACCACCACCUUCAAGCUCCCCGGUAUAAAUUAUUAUCUUAUUUUGCAUAUGAGAUUAGACGAGUUUCCAGGUACCAUACAUACCAGUACAUAACGCAUAGAAAAAUACAACAGUUUAUAAUCUAUACUGCUAUAUAUUUACAAAAGAAUUCAAUCAAAAUUGUUCCUUGAA